UGGCAGCACUUGGCUUUGCUUACAUGUGGCUCAAAGGUUUUGUGCUCUCGCCUUGUGACCUCCCGUUUGCUUUCUUGAUGGCAAUCUUCUGAAUGCUGUGGUUUCGGGUUUGCCUUUGGUGGUGGUCGUCCUUUGGUUUGCCGGUAGUUUUGGCUACGGCUACAGCGGCUACGACUUGCCUACAGGAUGGCAUCCCAGAAGACCAGAGGCAGAAUCUCACCAUUGAUGGGGUGUCCAUGCCGCUGGGUGUUGCCACUGGAGGUUGGGACUCAGUGGAUCUGGUGACUCGUGUCUAUCAAAUCUUGGCGUCUGAGGUGCUGGGAUACCACGUUCGAACCCUGUCAACGGCCAACUCCUUGCAUCAAAUGCUGGCGGUGUCUGGGUGCUCGGGCCAAGACUUGGCUUUGUGUACCUGGCCCCCGACCGAGCAUCUUUCCUUUGAAGCCUGGGCAACGGGCAUUCAAAUUCCAACCUGGGCAGCUUUCUCUCAGCUAUUGGGUGAGGCCAGUGGGUCCAUCCUUGGACCUGUCGGUUACGAGGGCUAUGAUGGGUUGCACGUACUUGGAAGAGCCAACAACAAGAGUGAAGAGGCAGUAGGUCUGCAUUUGACGUACUAUGGCAACUACAACUCUGCUUGGUUUCACCCCGAGAACUAUGCAGCCAAGAUCUCAGACGUGGAUCCCAACAAGUUGCGGCCUUGCAACAUUACGGAUGAAGGAUACGCGUUUGCUGCUCGAUUUUACCUAGAGGCCACAGGUGACGUUGAUGGCGUGGAAGACAGAAAUGGGCAGAGAGCAUACAAAUGCUGGUUGGAUGAAAAGUGGUGGCUGGCUCCUGCUUGCCGUGCAGAUCCAGCAAAUUGCAUAUCAAUCGUGAGUGCAGGUAAAGGCUGGGGAUUCCCAGAUAUCACACAGAAAGCCACCUUUUACAACAUGAAUGUUGGAAUGGCAGUGGCUUCUACCUUCGCUAACUAUGUGGCCAUCAACACCGAGCUUCAAUCCCUACUCUAUGCCUGGUCUCCCGAUUCCAACUUUGUGGCCUACCAGCAACUUGCAGUCCAGUUCCCUGAGCGCCAUGAUGCAGAAAUUCUUCAGGGCAUCUAUCGGAGCAUGAAUGCGAGAUCAACUCUGUUCAAGUUGGUUGCGGCAGGUUUGGAAGUGGCGGCCAGUCGAGCUCUUGGUUUGGCCGAGAACCUCAUUUUCAGCUCCAAGGACAUUGAGGCGUUGCUGAUUCAGCUGGUGAGUGCAGAUACCAAGGAUACAUGGCAGACAGCUUGUGAGUGGGUGAAAUCCAACAAAGAAUCCUGGGAGGCUUGGGUGCCCGACAGGACCACCUGUGCCGUUGGGAAAGGCCUGGUGGAUUUGCAGGACAACUUUGUGACAUCAAAGUCUGAAGCAGUGGAUUGUAAGAUGUGCAGCCCAGGAAGGGUUUCGGUGAAGUUUGAGAAUACCCGAGUGUGCUCUCCUUGUGCACCCGGUUCCUUCCAAAACGCUUUCGGAGCUUCAGAAUGCAAAUUGUGUGAAAUUGGCACCAUGGCAGCGAAUCCGGGAUCACGAGAGUGUGACAAGUGCAGCCUGGGGCUGUACGCCAAUGACACUGGCAUGAGCUUUUGCUACCAGUGUGGUGCAGACAUGGGUGAUGAAGCAGGACUCUGGACAACCAACGAAUUUGUUGCCGGUAAAAUCAUCGAGUUGCAGGGAGCAACUGCAAAAUCUAAAUGCUUUUGCAAGGAGGGAUGGUUUUUGUGGCAAGGACGUUGCCAGCAGUGUGGUGAUGGCCUCGACUGCCCUGGCAUGAAUCGCCUCAGCCUCAAACGAGGAUACUUCUCAAUGUCCCAUGCGCCCAAUGACGUCUUUCAUUGCCUCAACGAAGACUAUUGUCCUGGUGGUCCUGCCGGUACUUGUGCUGCAGGCCGUCACAACCAGAGCAUUGCUUGCAACGAUUGCCAGGACGGGCUGCGAGAUUCUGGGAAUGGCACUUGUGAAGAGUGUGGCGGUGGUGACUAUGCAUUUUUCAUCACUGUUUGUUUCAUCAUCCCUAUUGGGGUGACCUGUUUGUACAUCGGGCUCAAGAAGGAGACUCAACGACAGUCGGGUUCCGGCUCCCUGAUGAUGACGUGCAGCCUUCAACUGCUCCUGGUCACUGUCCAGAUGCUUUCAGUGAUGCGGCGCUUUGACAUCAAUUGGAGGGAGCCCUUUGCCAGCGUCUUGGUGUUCCUGGAAUUCUUGAGUUUCGAUCUAGAGAUGCUGAGCGUGAGUUGUGUGACGUCCAUGGGUCCCGUGGCUCUUUUCGGAUUGAGGAGUCUCGUGAUCCCUGUGCUGAUGUUCGCGAUUUUGGUGGUACACUUGUGCUUCCUUCUAUGCACACGCUCAAAGACCUUCCAAGGCAGCAAUUUGUGGAGAACCAUGGGGACGACCUUCUUAGUCUUCUUCAUUGUCCUAUUUUCCAUGCUGCUGGCGCCCUUCCAAUGCCAUGGCCAUCCCAAUGGGACCUCCACCUUAAAACGCUAUGCAACCGUAUAUUGCGAUGGAGAGGGCCAACACCUUGCGAUGUUCAUCAUCGGAGGUUUUGCGUGCUUGAUGCCCGUGCUGUUCUUGGCAAUUUGUACAUGGGUGGUUCUGGUGCAUCUUCCCGCCCGAUUGGCCAGGUCAGAUGCAAAAUGUUUGGAGAGCUACUCCUUCCUGAUCCGCCGUUUCCGACCUGGCGCUGAGAUUGCUUCAGUGCUUUUUCUUGUGAGAAAUGCUUUGGUGGUGCUGUGCCCCUUAGCCACCUCCACACCUGGGCAGCUGGCCAUGAUGAAUUUGAUCUUUUAUGUCAACUUGAUUGGAGUCUCCUUUUUCAAGCCAUGGCGAAGCAUGUCCUGCAAUUUGCUGGACUGCAUGCUGCUGUUUGGGAUGAUGGUGAUACUUGACGUGGGCUCUGUGUCUGUGACGGACUCCAACCCAGCCGCCAGCAUGGCUAUGGUAAUGGCGUUUGUGGUCAUUAUGUUGUUGUCAAUCCUGCUGAACUUGCUUAACGGCGGCUAUCGAUAUUUCCAGCAGAAAUAUCGGAAGCAGUUUCGCUUCUUCACCUGCCAUCAGAAGAACGCAGCUGGGUCCAUGGCGAGGUUCUUGAAGAUGGAACUGGAACUACGCAACCCUGGCACCAAGACCUUUAUCGACUGUGAUGAUCUUACCGAUCUCACAAGGCUCUUCAGCUAUGUGGGACAGGACACGGAAACUUUCCUCAUCCUUGGCAGUCCGGCAAUUCUCACGCGCAAAUGGUGUGUGGGUGAGAUGGUGACAGCACAUCGGAACAACGUGAAGACUCUGCUCCUUUCUUGGCCAGCAUUCCUGAAACCAGAUGAGAAGUUCAUUGAGCACUUCCCAACCCUUGUCCCAGAUUAUGGAGAGCUCGCCAACCAUGGCAUUGGCCUGUCAGAUGUGGCGAAAACUUUCAGAUGGCUGCACACGGUCGCAAGUCACAAUUUGCCAGAGAAAUUCACGCCGAGCUCGGCAUUUCCUCUGGUGAGAAUGUUGUGUGGCCAGUCAUUGUCAGCUUGCAGAAUGACAACUUUUUAUUCCACAGAUUGCCCAGUGUUAGCAAACCCUGAAGACACAGAGGCAAUGGCCACGGCCAUGGUGCUGUCUUCAAUGCUGAACCCCAAACUGAUUGGUACCCGUUUGCCACUUACCUCCGUCUUGGAGGAAGGCAACGACGUGCUCGACGGAGCCCAGGUGGCAUUGAUGAUUUGCAGUUCCAACUGCUGGAAGUCAGCCCAAGUGGAGCGCUGGUUGUUGCAGACCAGCCAGCUCCCUUCCUGCGGAGUGAUUCCAGUGAUCGCUGAAGACAACUUCUUGGUACCAUCACCAAGCAUGUACGAAGAGCUGCGUCCAACCUCUUUGCUUGAUCAGCAAGAAUUCCAGCGCUACUGUAUGGUCAUCAAGGCUCUUUUCCAAGAGAUUGCAGUAGUCUUUGUGCCGCAGAACUAUUCCUCCACCCAUGAAGAUUUGCUGCUUCGAGCCAAUCAAGCAGCUGAGAGGCUUCAGGCCACCCUGACACCCCUGGCUGAGAAAGUGAGAGCCAUUGAGGAUAGGGAUGGCUACAAACACAUCGCAGAAAUUGACAAAGGAGUCGAUCUGAAGGAGGACGACUGGAAGGAGGACCCUUUUUGCGGAAAAACUUUGUCCGCAACGCUGUAAUUUUCUUUUCUUCUGAUGCCGAUGAGGGUCAAAGACUCGAUACAUUAUACAUUUGUUCAGUUCUUCUUGUUGCUGCUUUUCCAUGCUUUUCCCUUUCUGCAAGGCUAGGGUCUCGCGAAUGCGCUUGUCGCGCAGAAAAAUUACACAAUCCACAAAGUGGAAGGAACAUUGUGCACUUCAUGCAGCAUCAAGAGGUUGCAGGAGUACGUUGUGCGAGGUCCAAAA